GGAGAUAGGCAGGAGCGCAGAGGAGCGCUCUAUCUCUUUCUUUUCCGUUACACCAGAAGCUCAAACCAUUUCAACAACCGGGACUGCGCGUGGGUAGGAGGACCGGGACCCCACGCACCGAGGAGCACCUUCUGUGAUCACAGUGACCGCAGCGCAGAGACUGAGCGGAACCCCGCAGGUCAGCAGGCAGAGGAGCAGCCAGAGAAAGUGAAGGAGGAGCAGCUGAGGAGUCUCCACCCACAUCCAGCCAGCGAACCAAGGCGCAGCGCAGAGCUUAAAAUGAGCAGCUCCAACCCCCGCCUCCACCAGAGCGCCGCGCCCGCUCCCAGCCCUGCAUCGUCGGAUAAGGACGCAGAAAUGCCCGCAACAGAGAAGGACCUGGCCGAGGAUGCCCCCUGGAAGAAGAUCCAGCAGAACACCUUCACCCGCUGGUGUAACGAGCACCUGAAAUGCGUCAACAAACGGAUCGGCAACCUGCAGACCGACCUGAGCGACGGGCUGCGGCUCAUCGGACUCCUGGAGGUUCUGUCCCAGAAGAAAAUGUUCCGAAAGUACAACCAGAGGCCCACCUUCCGCCAGAUGCAGCUGGAGAACGUCUCUGUGGCGCUGGAGUUCCUGGACAAGGAGAACAUCAAGCUGGUGUCCAUAGACUCCAAAGCUAUCGUGGAUGGGAACCUGAAGCUGAUCUUGGGUCUGAUCUGGACUCUGAUCCUGCACUACUCCAUCUCUAUGCCCAUGUGGGAUGAAGAGGAAGAGGCUGACGACGGCAAGACCAAGACUCCCAAGCAGAGACUGCUGGGAUGGAUCCAGAACAAACUUCCUGAGCUUCCCAUUACCAACUUCAACAGGGACUGGCAGACUGGCCGGGCCCUUGGAGCGCUGGUGGACAGCUGCGCUCCAGGUCUGUGUCCUGACUGGGACCAGUGGGAUCAGACUAAACCAGUGGAUAACGCCCGUGAGGCCAUGCAGCAGGCGGACGACUGGUUGGGUAUUCCUCAGGUGAUUACCCCUGAAGAGAUCGUGGAUCCCAACGUGGACGAACACUCAGUCAUGACCUACCUGUCCCAGUUCCCCAAAGCAAAGCUGAAGCCUGGGGCUCCUCUCAGGCCUAAGCUCAACCCCAAGAAGGCCCGCGCCUACGGCCCAGGGAUCGAGCCCGUGGGAAACGUUGUGAUGAAGAAGGCCACGUUUACUGUGGAGACCAUCAGCGCCGGGAUGGGAGAGGUGUUGGUUUACGUGGAGGAUCCUGCAGGACACAGAGAGGAGGCCAAAGUGACGGCAAACAACGACAAGAACCGCACCUACUCUGUGGUCUACACCCCGAAAGUUAUGGGCAUGCACAAGGUGACAGUUUUGUUUGCUGGACUGCAUAUUUCCAAGAGUCCCUUUGAGGUGGACAUCGGCAUGGCUCAGGGAGACUCCAGCAAGGCUACGGCUCAGGGUCCCGGCCUGGAGCCAGCAGGCAACAUCGCCAACAAAUCCACCUACUUUGAAGUCUACACAGCAGGCGCUGGUGUUGGAGAAGUGGAGGUUGUGAUCAUGGAUCCUGCAGGGAAGAAGAACACUGUGCCCUGCACCAUUGAGGACAAGGGCAACAGCAGCUACCGCUGCACCUACAAACCCACGCAGGAGGGCCAGCACACCAUCUUCAUCACCUAUGCUGGCGGUCAGAUCAGCAAGAGUCCCUUCACCGUCGACGUGGGAGAAGCAUGCAACCCCAGCCUCUGCAGAGCAAAGGGGCGUGGCCUGCAGCCGAAGGGCCUGAGGGUGAAAGAGACGGCAGACUUUAAGGUCUACACUAAAGGAGCCGGAACCGGAGAACUUAAAGUCACCAUCAAGGGUCCCAAGGGGAUCGAGGAGCCGUGCAAGAGGAAGGACCUGGGAGACGGGGUAUAUGGAUUCGAGUACUACCCCACCACCCCAGGAACCUACUCCAUAACCAUCACCUGGGGAGGACAGCACAUUCCCCGCAGCCCGAUCGAAGUCAAGGUCGGUUCUGAGGCCGGACAGCAGAAGGUGAGGGCCUGGGGCCCCGGCUUGGAGGGAGGCGUUGUUGGCAAGUCUGCUGACUUUGUGGUGGAGGCUGUUGGAGAGGACGUUGGAACGCUGGGUUUCUCUGUGGAAGGUCCGUCUCAGGCCAAGAUCGAAUGCGACGAUAAGGGCGACGGCUCGUGUGACGUGCGCUACUGGCCCACGGAGCCCGGGGAGUACGCUGUCCACGUGCUGAACAACAACGAGGACAUCCAGCACUCUCCCUUCAUGGCCGAGAUAGUCAGCCCUCCUGGGAAAGACUUCUACCCCGACAAGGUGAAGGCGUUUGGUCCCGGCCUGCAGAGCAGCGGUCUGGCUGUGGGUAAGCCCACCGAGUUCACGGUGGACGCCAAACAAGGAGGGAAAGCUCCCCUGAAGAUCUCUGCUCAGGAUGGAGAAGGAAACCCUGUGGAGGUCCAGGUGAAAGAUAAUGGUAACGGCACAUUCACCUGCACGUACACCCCACGCAAACCACUGAAACACACCGUCAUGGUGUCCUGGGGGGGAGUCAACAUCCCGGACAGUCCGUUCAGGAUGAACGUGGGAGCCGGCUGCCAUCCCAACAAGGUGAAAGUGUCGGGCCCUGGCAUCGCGAGGACCGGCCUGAAGGCCUUCGAUCCAACCUACUUCACUGUGGACUGUUCAGAGGCGGGUCAAGGUGACAUCAGCAUAGGGAUCAAAUGUUCUCCUGGCGUGGUGGGACCGGCAGAGGCAGACAUCGACUUUGACAUCAUCAGAAACGACAACGACACCUUCACGGUGAAAUACACGCCUCCCGGAGCGGGCAGCUACACCAUCAUGGUGCUGUUCGCCGAACACGCCAUCCCCAUGACGCCGUUCAGGGUGAAGGUGGAUCCCACUCACGACGCCAGCAAAGUGAAGGCUGAAGGACCGGGACUCAGUCGCAGCGGCGUGGAGUUGAACAAACCCACUCACUUCACGGUGACCACCAAAGGAGCCGGAAAGGCCAACCUGGACUGCAGCUUCAGCGGAGCCACCAAAGGAGAGGCUGUCAAGGACUUUGAGAUCAUAAACAACCACGACAACACGCACACGGUCAAAUAUACGCCUGUGCAGCAGGGUCCUCUCGGGGUCGCUGUGACCUACGGUGGAGAUCACAUUCCUAAGAGCCCCUUCAACGUCGCUGUGGCUCCAACGCUGGACCUCAGCAAGGUCACGGUCAGCGGGCUAGGAGACAAGAUGACUGUCGGCAAAGACAAGGAAGUGACGGUGAAAUCGAAGGGAGCUGGAGGUCAGGGAAAAGUUGCUGCCAAGGUCACCGGACCAUCAGGGAAACCUGUGGCCUGCAAGGUGGAGCCGGGGCUUAGCCCAGAGACCAGUCAGCUGAAGUUCAUCCCCCGAGAGGCGGGACCCUACCAGGUGGAGCUGACCUACGACGGCGUGCCCAUCCCAGGCUCCCCCUUCACUCCUACAGCCUAUCCCUCCUCAGACCCGUCCAAGGUGCGCUGCUCCGGCCCAGGACUGGAGCGUGCCAAGGUCGGAGAGACAGGGGAGUUUGUGGUGGACUGUACCAACGCCGGUCCGGCCGAGCUCACCAUCGAGAUUAUCUCGGACAGCGGCACAGAGGCAGAGGUCCACAUCCAGGACAACGGCGAUGGAACCUACACCAUCACCUACAUCCCCCUCUACCCCGGCUCCUACACGCUCACCAUCCGCUACGGGGGCCAGGAUGUGCCAAACUUCCCCGCCCGCCUCAAUGUGGAGCCGGCGGUCGAUGCCAGUGGAGUGCGCGUGUUCGGACCGGGAGUGGAAGGCAAAGGAGUCUUCCGAGAGGCGACCACGGAUUUCACCGUGGAUGCUCGAGCUCUCACACAGAGCGGAGGAGACCACAUUAAAACCCUCAUCAGCAACCCGUCGGGCAGCCGCACCGACGCCCUCAUCACAGACCUGGGAGAUGGGACUUACGCCGUGGAGUACACCCCCUACGAGGAAGGCCCUCACAGCGUGGAGGUUUCCUACGACGGCUCCCCGGUGCCCAAAAGCCCGUUCCAUGUGGCCGUCACCGAAGGCUGUGACCCAGCUCGUGUUCGCGUGCACGGUCCUGGACUGAAAAGCGGCAUCACCAACAAGACCAACAAGUUCACGGUGGAAACCCGAGGAGCAGGAACAGGAGGCCUCGGUCUGGCAAUGGAAGGUCCGUCAGAGGCCAAGAUGUCCUGCACGGACAACAAGGACGGCAGCUGCACCGUGGAGUACGUUCCCUCUGAGCCGGGCACCUAUAGCCUCAACAUUACCUAUGGAGGACAACCGAUCAAAGGAAGCCCGUUCUCGGUGCCGGUCAGCGACACGGUGGACAGCACCAAGGUGAAGUGUCAGGGUCCCGGUCUGGGCAACAACGUCAGGGCCAACAUCCCCCAGUCAUUCACUCUGGACGCAUCCAAAGCUGGCGUGGCGCCGAUACAGGUCCGCGUACAAGGACCCAAAGGUGUGGUGGAGCCGGUGGAGGUGGUGGAUAACGGAGACCAGACUCACACGGUCAACUACGUUCCCACCAGAGAGGGGCCCUAUUCUAUCAACGUGUUGUACGCCGAUGAGGAGAUCCCUCGCAGCCCCUACAAGGUGAAGGUGCUCCCUACCCACGAUGCCAGCAAGGUGCGCGCCAGCGGGCCCGGCCUCAACACCACCGGCGUUCCCGCAUCGCUGCCUGUUGAGUUCACCAUCGACGCCAAAGAUGCUGGCGAGGGACUGCUGGCGGUGCAGAUCACUGACCCAGAGGGGAAGCCCAAGAAGGCCAACAUCCGUGACAACCAUGACGGGACCUACCUGGUGUCCUACGUACCCGACAUGACGGGCAGAUACACCAUCCUGAUCAAAUAUGGAGGCGAUGAGAUCCCGUAUUCGCCGUACCGCAUCCGAGCUCUGCCCACCGGAGACGCCAGCAAAUGCACCGUCACAGUCUCAAUCGGCGGUCACGGUUUAGGCGCCGGCGUUGGUCCAACUAUUCAGAUCGGUGAACAGACGGUCAUUACAGUUGAUGCAAAGGCUGCUGGAAAGGGCAAGGUGACGUGCAGCGUGUGCACGCCCGAAGGGGCGGAGCUGGACGUGGACGUGGUGGAAAACGAGGACGGCACGUUUGACAUCUUCUACACGGCGCCGCAGCCCGGGGAGUAUGUGAUAUGUGUCCGUUUUGGAGGCGAGCACAUUCCCAACAGUCCGUUCCAAGUCACGGCUCUGGAAGGACCGUCAGACCAGCUCAUUCAGCAGGGACAAAUGCCCCAGUACUACGCAGCGCAGCCCUGGGCAACGGACAGACCAGCUGGGAUGAACGGCCUGGAUGUGGCCGGACUUCGACCUUUUGACCUGGUCAUCCCAUUCACCAUUCAGAAGGGAGAGAUCACAGGCGAGGUCCGAAUGCCAUCAGGCAAAGUGGCAAAGCCCGACAUCACCGACAACAAGGACGGCACCGUGACGGUGAAGUACGCCCCAACAGAGGCCGGUCUGCAUGAGAUGGACAUUAAAUACGAUGGCAUCCAUAUCCCGGGAAGUCCCCUUCAGUUCUUUGUGGACUACAUGAACAGCGGGAACGUCAGCGCCUACGGCCCCGGUCUCAUCCACGGAACCGUUAACAAGCCGGCCGUCUUUACUGUUGACACUAAAGAUGCUGUAGAGGGCGGUCUUUCUCUGGCCAUUGAGGGUCCUUCCAAAGCAGACAUCAGCUGCGUGGACAACCAGGACGGGACCUGCACCGUGUCCUACCUGCCUGUUCUGCCAGGAGACUACAGCAUCCUGGUCAAAUAUAAUGACAAGCACAUCCCAGGAAGCCCCUUCUCUGCCAGAAUCACCGGAGACGACUCCAUGAGGAUGUCUCAUCUGAAGGUGGGUUCAGCGGCCGACAUCCCUCUGGAUAUCGGAGAGCUGGACCUCAGUCAGCUGACUGCCUCCCUCACCACCCCGUCAGGGCGUGAGGAGCCCUGCCUGCUGAAGAUCCUGAGGAACGGCCAUGUUGGCGUCUCGUUUGUGCCUAAAGAAAUCGGCGAGCACCUGGUGAACAUAAAGAAGAACGGGCGCCAUAUUGCCAGCAGCCCCAUCUCGGUGAUGAUCAGCCAGUCGGAGAUCGGAGAUGCAAGCCGCGUGCGUGUGAGCGGGCCGGGCCUGAGCGAGGCCAGGACCUUUGAGCCUGCAGAGUUCAUCAUCGACACUCGUGAUGCAGGAUACGGCGGCCUCAGCCUCUCCAUCGAAGGACCCAGCAAGGUGGACAUAAACACGGAGGACCAGGAGGACGGCACCUGCAAGGUCACCUACUGCCCCACUGAACCAGGAAACUACAUCAUCAACAUCAAAUUUGCUGACCAACAUGUGCCAGGGAGCGCCUUCACCGUGAAGGUGACUGGGGAGGGCAGGAUGAAGGAGAGCAUCACCAGGAAGAAGAGGGCAGCGUCCGUCGCCAACGUCGGUAGCCAGUGUGACCUCAGCCUGAAGAUCCCAGAGAUCAGCAUCGCAGACAUGACGGCUCAGGUGACGAGUCCCUCAGGUCAGGUCCACAAAGCCGAGAUCAUGGAGGGAGAGAACAACACCUACUGCAUUCGCUUCGUCCCCACCGAGACCGGCGUGCACACCGUCUGCGUCAAGUACAACGGCGCCCACGUUCCUGGCAGCCCCUUCCAGUUCACCGUCGGGCCCCUGGGCGAGGGCGGGGCCCAUAAGGUCCGCGCCGGAGGGCCGGGCUUGGAGAGGGCGGAGGCCGGAGUCCCAGCCGAGUUCAGCAUCUGGACCAGAGAGGCUGGAGCUGGGGGCCUCAGCAUCGCCGUGGAGGGGCCCAGCAAAGCCGAGAUCACCUUCGAGGACCGCAAGGACGGCUCCAGCGGAGUGUCCUACGUUGUGCAGGAGCCUGGCGACUACGAGGUGUCCAUCCGGUUUAACGACGAGCACAUCCCAGACAGCCCCUUCAUCGUCCCCGUGGCCUCGCCAUCAGAUGACGCCCGCCGCCUCACUGUUGCCAGUCUUCAGGAGUCGGGUCUGAAGGUCAACCAGCCGGCGUCCUUCGCCGUCAGCCUGAACGGAGCCAAAGGGGUGAUCGACGCCAAGGUCCACAGUCCCUCUGGAGCGUUAGAGGAGUGCUGCGUCACCGAGAUCGACCAAGAUAAAUACGCAGUGCGGUUCAUCCCCAGAGAGAACGGCCUCUACUUGAUCGAUGUCAAAUUCAACGGAAGUCACAUUCCAGGAAGUCCGUUUAAAAUCCGCGUGGGAGAGACGGGCCAGGCUGGCGACCCGGGGAUGGUAUCCGCCUACGGACCGGGCCUGGAAGGAGGAACUACAGGAACUGCAUGUGAAUUUGUGGUGAACACGAGCACCGCGGGCCCCGGGGCCUUAGCUGUGACCAUUGAUGGGCCCUCCAAGGUCAAAAUGGACUGUGUGGAGUGUCCAGAGGGUUAUAGAGUGACAUACACUCCUAUGGCCCCCGGAAACUAUCUCAUCUCCAUCAAAUAUGGCGGCCCUUACCACAUCGUCGGAAGUCCCUUCAAGGCCAAGAUUACAGGUUCCAAGCUCGUGGCCAGCCACAGCAUGCAUGAAACCUCCUCGGUCAUGGUGGAUCCUGUGACUCGUGCCAUCAGCAGCUCCAUGCAGGCUGCUCCCGCUCACUCAGACGCCAGCAAGGUGGCGGCUAAAGGCCCGGGGCUAACCAAGGCAUUUGUUGGACAGAAGAACAGCUUCUGUGUCGACUGCAGCAAAGCAGGGCGUAACAUGCUUCUGGUGGGGGUGGACGGUCCCAAAGUGCCCUGUGAGGAGAUCCUGGUAAAGCAUCAGGGUAACCGGGUGUACAACGUCAGCUACCAGCUGAAGGAGAAGGGAGAGUACAUCCUGGUGGUAAAAUGGGGCGACGAGCACAUCCCGGGUAGCCCCUACCACCUGACCGUCUGAAGACACCAGGAGGGUUCACCACUGUCCGUUUACAGCUCCAAAAUCUGCCCAAAUUUAGGUCACCAUUGAAGCCACGUGAAUCCGAUUGGUUGUUGUUGUUUACUGGUCAGAACAACGCAGUGAAGGCUUCUUCUUCUGGGGACGCCCCUUUCAUUACUGUAAACCGCCAGUCCGCCGUGCCUUAGAGUGUUUAUCAUUUUCAGCCUUAUUUGACAUGAAAUGCCAGGAUGUGGUAGAUUUUGGCUCCCAGCUUUAGCUCACUGUUUACACUGGAGGAGUUCUUGCAAACGUAGGAGAAAUCGUGGAUUUUGGAGCUUCCAGAUGAUCGAUCACAGGAUAAAGCUUCAUUACUUCUGUCUUUCUUGAAUUAUGUGUCUUAAUAAAAACCCAGCUUGUCCUUUAUGCUGUGUUGGAGUUGCUCAGAAAGUUAACUCUCCUUUCAGCUUCUGUUUGAUGAUGUUUAACCUUUUCAAUCUGCUGCUAGUGUGAUCCAGUUUUAGCCAGAAACAUCCUUACUAAUCAAAGGUUGUGCGUAUUUCGCUUCCUCUGAACGCUGCUGGAGGAUGUGGCUUCUGCUCAGCUCCAGCGUUGGCUCUGCAUGUCCUGCAGGAACGCUGACCAUCAGCACCUGCUGCGGUUUUCAGCCUGUUGGAGGAAAAAUCAACAGGUUCAAAAGGGAAGUUUUCCAACGUGUGCUGAAAGGUUUCCCACGUCACCAAUGAGCAGCGGCCUCCCUUCUGCUUCUCACCUCCAUUAGACCCUCAUUCUUGCUCUGUGCUUCAUCUGUGUUUCAAAGCAGAAUAAAAAGGCAUUUAAAAUGAUUGUAAGACAGUAUUUUGAUACACAAUAAAGUAUUUUUCUCGGUCAAACA